UUCCUUCAAACAUAAAUCAAAACCAGUAAGAAAAACAAAAAAACACAAUGACUAGAGAAGUUUGCUUCAACAAUAUUGGACUUUGGUUAUUAUUCACGUUACUUAUUGGUAACUAUGUCGUCGAUCUUGAAGCCUCGCACCAUGUCUACAAGAGACUUUCCCAAAGCACUAACAUCGAAUCUCCUUCCGUAAACCAGCGCUACCGGACCGGUUUCCAUUUUCAACCCCCAAAAAAUUGGAUGAACGAUCCUAAUGGGCCUAUGAUAUACAAAGGAAUAUAUCAUCUUUUCUACCAAUGGAACCCCAAGGGAGCCGUGUGGGGUAACAUAGUGUGGGCUCAUUCCACAUCAACAGACUUAGUUAACUGGGAUCCACAUCCUCCAGCUAUCUUCCCAUCUGAACCAUUCGACAUCAACGGAUGCUGGUCCGGUUCAGUUACAAUUCUCCCCAAUGGCAAACCGGUUAUCCUCUAUACCGGAAUUGACCCCAAGAACCAACAGGUCCAAAACAUAGCCGAACCUAAGAAUCUCUCCGAUCCUUAUCUCCGAGAAUGGACAAAGUCUACGUUAAAUCCUUUGAUGGCUCCUGACGCCGUUAACGGUAUCAACGCCAGCUCGUUCCGUGACCCAACCACCGCGUGGUUAGGUCACGACAAGAAAUGGAGAGUGAUCAUCGGAAGCAAGAUCCACCGUUGUGGGCUAGCGAUCACUUACACGAGCAAAGACUUUCUAAAAUGGGAAAAAUCCCCCGAGCCGUUGCACUACGACGACGGAAGUGGUAUGUGGGAAUGCCCUGAUUUUUUCCCGGUGACGAGGUCCGGUUCUAAAGGCGUGGAAACGUCUUCGUUUGGUGAACCUAAUGAGAUUUUAAAGCACGUGUUGAAAAUAAGCUUGGACGAUACGAAACAUGACUACUACACGAUCGGUACGUACGACCGGGUGAAAGACAAAUUCGUACCGGACAGUGGUUUUAAGAUGGACGGUACGGCUCCCAGAUACGAUUACGGGAAGUAUUACGCGUCGAAAACGUUUUAUGACUCGGCCAAGAACCGGAGAAUCUUGUGGGGUUGGACUAACGAGUCAUCGUCCGUUGAGGAUGAUGUUGAGAAAGGCUGGUCCGGUAUUCAGACGAUUCCGAGAAAAAUAUGGCUUUAUCGAUCAGGGAAACAAUUAAUUCAGUGGCCGGUUAGGGAAGUUGAAAGAUUACGUACGAAAGAAGUCAAAAACUUACGCAACAAAGUACUAAAGUCUGGAUCUAGGCUUGAAGUUUAUGGUGUGACAGCUGCACAGGCUGAUGUGGAGGUUUUAUUCAAAGUGAGAGACUUGGAGAAAGCGGAUGUGAUAGACCCAAGUUGGACCGAUCCGCAGUUGAUUUGUAGUCAGAUGAAUGUGUCGGUUAAGUCUAGUUUUGGUCCAUUCGGUUUGAUGGUUCUCGCAUCUAAGAACUUGGAAGAGUACACAUCUGUUUAUUUUAGAAUCUUCAAAGCCCGUCAAAACAGCGGUAAAUUCGUCGUGGUCAUGUGCAGUGACCAAAGCAGAUCUUCACUGGAGAAAGAUAAUGACAAAACGACUUACGGAGCUUUUGUGGAUAUUAAUCCUUACCAACCAAUACCUCUCAGAGCCUUGAUUGAUCAUUCAGUAGUGGAGAGUUUCGGUGGAAAGGGGAGAGCAUGCAUUACCUCAAGAGUGUAUCCAAAAUUGGCAAUAGGGAAAAGUUCACAUCUCUUUGCUUUUAAUUAUGGAUCUCAAAGUGUUGAUGUCUUAAACCUAAACGCUUGGAGCAUGAACUCUGCCCAAAUCAGUUGAUCACGUACGGCGGAGAUAGAUACACGAUGUUAAAACACACACGUAUAUGCAUAUCUCCAUUUAUUGAACAUUUAUAUGAGUUGAUUUAGGAGAGAUCUUCUUAUAUGGUCCACUUUGUUUGGUUGUCAAAAAAGGCUAUAUGUAUAUGACAUUUUAUUUGACUUAUUAUAAUAUUGUUUUCACUGUAUAAAAAAAAGACUUAAUUGGUAAA